UAAAAGCAUUCUGGAACUUUAGUACAAGAUGCAUCAAUGCUAGUAACUAUGAUUAAUUAAAAACAAAAACAAAAUUAUUUGUUUGUUUUUUUUACCUAUUAUUAGUCUGCAUUUGAAUAUAUAUAUUGCGCUUAUAUUUUAUGACAACAGUCAUCGGUCCAUUUCCUUCCUCACAAAGCAAAACCAAGAAAGAAAAAGAUAGAACCGAUUGAUAAAAAAGCAUUCACGACACACAAAGCAAACAAAGUUGCACCACCAUUGCUACCAAAGAAAAAAAGAAGAAGAAAAGCAAAAGAUAUGUCACUUGCAUUUGUCCACAUAGUACUUCCUUGGUCCUUUGUAUCAAUAUCAGUUUUCAAAGCUUCCAGAAUGGCAAGCUUGGCUUCUGCUCAGGCAUCAUCAAGGCUAGACGCUCUGAGUCUCACAAACACGAUCGUAUCCUUGGCUCGAAACGCCAGGACACACCGCCACAACUGUGGGCAGCUCGCUGAGCACGUAGGGAUGAUAGGAAACUUGCUCGAGAAGAUUAAAUCAACGGACCUGAUGAAGCUCCCAGCUACAAAGGAGCCGUUGGUUGGUCUUGAAGAGGCUCUUGAGAAAGCACUUCAAUUAGUGGAGAGUUGCAGAGACAAGAGCUGUCUCUACAUGCUUGCCAUGGGGUGGAGUGUAGUGUAUCAAUUCCGCCAAGUCCAAGCUGAGAUUAACCGCCACCUCAGUCUCCUAGUCCUCCCCAUGAUUUCUCUGCUUCAUGAGUUUCGCCUGCAGAAUUUGAAGGAAGGCCUGCAGGCCAUUGAAGAGGAUCAAAGAAUGUAUACACUUGAGGAAGAGGACAUGGAGGCCCAGAAUGUGGUAUUGAAACCUGAUAGAACAAGGACAGAUGCAGAGAUAUUAGAGAAGUCAUUGUCUCCAAAAUAUCCUAACUUGACUUUCAGUGAGGCACUUCAGGAGGAGAAGGAGAAGCUGAAUAUUGAAUUGCAGCGGUCAAGAACGAUUAACGACGGCCCCGAUCAAUGCAGAGUGAUUGAACAUCUUAUUGAUGUAGCAGAAAAUGUGGUCAGUGGUGUGCUGCCUGGGAAGAAAGUUGAGAAGCUUCUUGUCAAUGAACCAAGUUAUGUGGUAUCAGGGUACAUAACCAAUGCCAAAUCCAUCUAUGGAGACCAUGGCUUACGGCCAGAGAAUGAAGGGCGGUUCGGGUGGCAGGCUGAUCUUUUCAGUUGUUGCAGCGAGCCUUGUCUAAGCCUGAAGAGCUGCGUCUACCCUUGUGGAACAUUUUCAUGGAUAGCCAAUGUGGUGUCAGAAGGAAAAAUAUCUCGUGAACAAGCAACCAAUAACCUAAUAGCAUGCUCUGUUUUUGGUGCCUGUUGCUGUUACACUUGCUUUGUGAGAAGGAAAUUGCGGCAACUUUUUAACAUAGAAGGAAGUUCUUGUGAUGACUUCUUCACUCACCUCAUGUGCUGCUGCUGUGCCAUGGUUCAAGAACGACGAGAACUUGAACUCAGAAACUUUGAAGGUUGCAGAGGAACAAAUAUGAUCGUCCCACCAUCAUUACAAUGCAUGAAUGCAUGAAUCCUUGGGUGCCUUGUACUACGUCUUAGAUGCAUGUAAAUCAAUUUAUGAUUCCAAUCCAACAAAUUGGCAUGAAUAUCCUGUUACAUCUUUUUGGCUUAAGUUCACAUAUAAAGCUCCUGAACUAGCCCAUAUGCUCUAGAAUUUUCAUGAACUUUGGAUCAUGUUUUACCGACAUAAAAUCCACAUAGUUUAAAACAAAUGCUCUGGAACACAGAAAAGUAAAGAUAUGGUUCACGCAUAAAGAAAAUAUCAUCCAACUCUCAGCUCCUUUUUCAUCUUUGCCCAAAAGAAAGUUACAGUCUCCCUAUUUGGUUGGCAUCGAAAGUGCUUUAAGACAAUCAAAUUGAUAGAUCCCUCAGUCAAUACUUUCCAUUAGAAUAAAAAAGCGUAAAAACAAAUGUGCAAGCUACUCCAGAAGUAGUUAAUACGUGUACGACAUCCAUCUCUCCAUGAACACCAGUCCCAGCAAGGCAGAGAAGCUGUUUUGUUAUGAGCAAAA